AUGGAGUUUCCUAGUUCCUGGCGAGUUACGGUGUCUUCUGGAGGUACUCCUGUGUUCUUCAAACAUGGAUCCACCUUCCCCGCAGUUGUUUCAAAGGACGGCGCUCACACCGUUGUCAUUCUUUCUUACCAGAUCAGAGUAUACUACAACGCUACCAGACAAUGCGUUAGGGUGGUGAAUAUGGAUAUUCAUGAUGCUAUUGCAGCCCAUAUGGAUGAGAACAAUGACUCGCAGGUGAUCAUAUUUACGUCCAAGCAGAGGGUCCUUUACGUGAAUUGGAAGGAAAACGUUGCUCAUCCUGUGGUAGCGAAGCAGCAUAUCACUCCAGAAAACAUACAUUUGCAAGAUGUGUUCUUGAUCGAUGAUACGAAUUACUAUGCCGCUGGGCUCACUGGUGAUACUAGUGACAAUUCUCCCAAGAGGCUCACGCUAUAUCUGGUGGAUAAAGAGACCGCCAAAGCCACUGUCGUGCUUAGUCUUACCGAUGUCUCACGGUACGCCAUUUCGAGAAGUGCAUCCCACCUAGCAGUGUUACAGAAAAAUAUUGUUUCAGUAUAUGAUCUCAAAGUUGGCAUCAGCAUAUUGAAAAAGACAGGCGAAUCACAGAACGGCUCUGCCUCUACUCAAGAAGUCUUGGAACAAGGUAAGCUUAGCAUGGCAUACACUGGUGCUCCAGCACUGAGGAUGGCUAUCAGUGAUCAAGCACUUGUUGCUGUGGCUUCUUCAUUUGGCCCAAUCUACCUUUUGUACCCCCUGGAGAGGGAUAGAAAAGAUGGCAACGACUCAGGAAAUCAGCGUACAUUCAAAUGGCACUUCGAUGGAGCCACAGCUCUUACAUUUUCUGCUGACCAGCGUUACUUGAUAUCUGGAGGUACAGAAAAGGUCUUGGUAAUCUGGAAUCUCGAGCUGGGCAAAACACAGUUCUUGCCUCGACUUGGCGGAGCAGUCACCGCAAUAGCCAUUGAUCCUAAUCGCCAAGAUCAGUACAAUAUUAUGCUUUCACCGAUUGCCACUGGAUCAGGUGCUAUUGCCGAACACCAAAGUGAAAUCCUUGUCAUUUCUGCUGUUGACCUUAUUUCUCGCCUCGCAGUUGCCCCUUGUAGACCACAAAUGUCGAUGUCGCUUGAUAACUCCAGAAAGAAGAUAAGGCAGCAACUCAAGAAGAAGAAGGCAGCUUUGGAGGACGACAGUGACUUGGACAGUGGUAAUGAGGAUGAAGAAUCUUCAAAACCUGCUCGCCACGGAAAUCCCGAGCUUUUCGAUAUCUUGAGACCUGACAUUAGUGCCUCGACCAUCAUAAACCCUCAAACCAAUCACCUUUACUUUCCUAAUGGACUGACGAUACAAGCAUUUGAUCUUGUUCGCGGCGAACAAGCAUUUAUUCAGCAUGUUGCUCCACAACUCGAUAUCGGUAGAGUGAAAAGCGAGCUCAAAAUUGCCGACCCUCAAGUCGAAAAGGUUGUCUUCACCCACAAUGGUAAGUGGAUGUGCACAUUUGACCUGAUGCCAAAGUCCGACUUGGACAAUCUCCUCUCCAAAAACGAUACUGCUUUUGCACUCAAAUUUUGGUCCUGGUCGAGCGAAGAAUCUCGUUGGCACCUCGCCUCUAAAAUCGUUGAUCCACAUGGCCCGGGUCUUCCUGUCGGUGCGAUAGUUGCCCUGCCAAACGCUGAAGUUGUUGCUACAGUUGAUACAAACGGCGGUAUUCGUCUCUGGCGUCCUCGUCCAGCAGCAGCACCCAAAUCCAGCAGAAAACAAACAAUUGCCACUAGAGCUCCCACUGUCUGGACGCUUCGCCGUGCUCUUUCACCUUCAGCGCUGGUGUCUGCUCCAGUUGCUGCUGCUUGGUCUCCAGACUUCUCUUUGUUGGUGGUGAGUCACAACACUGAGACAAAUGCAUAUGACCCACUGCUGCUUGACCCUGUCGACUUUACGCUUCCUCGUCUCUCUGCCCCAGUGGAGUUCUUGGCAGUGUUGAACACUCAUUUGGUGCUUGCGCUGGCAACACAGGUGUUGCUGUUCAAUCUUGUUAGUGGCCACGAAACUAAUUUGGGAGCCAAGCUUCUUGACUACGGUGUCCGCAACUUGGUAGCAGUGGACGUUCAAAGGAAUUUGAUCGCGGUGGCUGUCAAUCAAACCAAUGCCAAUGCUCGUGCCGGUAGCAAAAUCUUGGUUUUCCAGCCUGGCAAAUUGACUCCAAUUCAUGAAACGGCUCACAAGCAAAUGGUGGUGUCCCUCACAUCUCUGCCAUCCGGGUUCGUGUUUGUUGAUACAGCAUGUCGUGCAGCAACGAUCAGCCCAGUGACAAGAGACUUGGAAACUACUAACGAUCUCACAGAACAGAUGCAUAACUUGUUGGUUAGUGCCCAAGCCGCAGCCAAUGUAUUGCAAACUCGUUCGGUCGAGAGUACAGCUGUUUCAGCAGAAACGGAACCAGAACAAGAUGCCGACAAAUGGACGGCGCAUCGUCUUGUUGAUCUUCCUUCCAUUGAGCCCGUCUUCGCUAAUGUGGACGGUAUGGCAUUGGACACGUUAUUUGAGCGUGUUGUGAGGGCGGUGCAGUGA